AUGUCCGCCGUUUCAUCGGCUACUCCACAGGGGUCGCUGGAUCAUCCAACUCCGCUGUCACUUCACAGCAAAUCACCUGGCGUUUCCACUUACAUCCCUCCAUGGACAGAGCCGUAUAUUAUAGGUGUUGCAGGGUUCUCGGGGUCUGGAAAAACCAGUAUUGCUCAGAAGGUCAUCCUGGAGUUGAACCAACCUUGGACCAGAGAACAAGCAUUUAAUAACAAUUUUGAUUUCGAUGAGCCUGGCUCCAUUGACUUGGAUCUUGUUGUUGAGACCAUCAAAUCGUUGAAACAAGGUAAGAAGACAGAGAUUCCAGUGUACUCAUUCACGCACCACAAUAGGUCGGAUAAAACGAUCACCAUCUACGGCGCCAAUGUUAUUAUUAUGGAGGGAAUUUACGCUCUUUACGAUAAGCGUUUACUCGACCUUAUGGAUAUCAAGAUUUUCGUUGACACCGAUCUUGAUGUGUGCUUGGCUCGUAGACUCACACGAGACAUUUUGUAUCGUGGAAGAGAUCUUGCCGGUGCACUUAAGCAGUGGGAGGUUUUCGUGAAACCAAAUGCCGUCUCGUCUGUUACGCCAACCAUGCAUAAUGCUGAUAUUGUCAUACCUCGAGGCCUUGAGAAUACCACUGCCAUAGAGCUCAUGAUUCAGCACAUUCAAAAGAGAUUAGCACUCAAGAGCACCUUGCAUCUUCGUCGUCUAAAGGCACUCGGACUAGGUCCAAACUUUGAUCUACAGAGUAUCCAAAAUUUGAAGAUCCUCCCUUACAAUAACCAUACUGCGGGAAUCUACCUGAUUUUGUUCAAUGCACAGACUGAUCGUACUGAUUUUAUUUUCUAUUUCGAUCGCAUAGCAAAUCUCCUAAUCGAGGUUGCAAUUGAGCAGCUCACCGCCUACGAGGAAAUUGAUGUAAAAUGCUGUAAAGGGUAUUCAUAUAAAGGGUUGAAGCAGACUGAAGAUAUUGUUGCUGUGAGCAUUAUUCGUUCAGGAGACUGUUUCAUGAACUCCAUCAAGAAGACCUUUCCUUCAAUCCCGAUCGGAAAGCUUUUGAUUCAAAGUGACUCGCUUACAGGCGAGCCACAAUUGCAUACCGAAUCAUUGCCCAAAGCCAAGACUGGUGAUAGAUUCUUCUUGUUUGAUGCACAAAUUAUAAGCGGAGCUGCCGCAAUCAUGGCGAUUCAAGUUCUAAUUGACCACACUGUUAAGCAAGAAAACAUUGUGCUUAUUUGCUCUCUACUGACCGAAAUCGGUAUCAGGCGAAUCUUCAAUGUAUUCCCUCAAGUCACAGUUGUGGUGGGACAGAUAAGCAAGAUGGAGGUGGCGGAGCUCGGCUGGGGCUGGAGCAGGCCGUUGAGGACCUGGAGGAUGACGUUAGUGCCCAAGCAUCACUCCAGAGCAACCUGGCUGAGAAGAGCAAAGAAAUGA